AUGUCUGUUUUCUUAUAUAAAUCAUCAAAAAAAGGUGUGCCGAAUAUGCCUGAAAAGGUGAUUAUGGGUAUUAUCAAUGAAGACGGUACAGGUGCUUGUCUGCCAGGCACUUCAUCUUCUGGCUCAUUGCCCGGAUGUUUACCAAUGUCCUUCAAUACAUGGGGUUAUACCAUUGGUGCCUUUGCCAUUGGCGGAUUUUUUGGUAGUCUUGCCAGCAAAUACAUGAACGUCUGGUUCGGCCGACGAGAUAAUAUCAUGAUAUCCUGUCUCUGGAUGGUCGUUGGUGGCCUAUUAUCAGCAUGCUCUACUAAUAUUGGCAUGUAUUCUGUUGGCCGUGCGUUUGUCGGUAUUGCCUCUGGCAUGUGUGGUUCUUCAGUAGCUAUCUAUGUCUCAGAAAUUUCCACAAAAAAGAGUCGAGGAGCCCUUGGUUCCCUCUUUGAACUGUUUUUAAACCUUGGUAUCUUACUUACACAAGUCUGUGGCCGAUAUAUGUCUACUGCACCUACCUGGCGCUUUCUCUGGGCAAUUCCUUCUUUCAUAGCUGCUAUUCAAUUCGCCAUUAUGUAUUUCUUCACAGUUGAAUGCCCUCGUCGUCUUUGUGCUAACAAGGAGUAUGAAAAGGCAUGCUCUGCGCUUCAAAAACUGCGUGCAGGUGCUGAUGUUGAAGAAGAAUUUUCCCUAAUACUUGCUGCUCGUCAGCGAGAGAUUGAGUCUGCAAAGAAGCAAAUGUCUAUAUGGGAUAUUAUAUCCUGUAAAGACAGACAUAUCUCAUGGAAUACAGUCAUUGUGAUGGUCAUUCAAGCCUUCAACCAGAUUGGCGGUAUUGGUCCCAUGUCUGUUUACUCUGUCGGCUUCUUUACACAAAUCUUUGGUGAUGCAACCUUGGCUACCAACAUAUCUCUUGCUGAUGCCUCUGUUAAUAUUCUUGCUACGUUUAUUGCUGUAGUAUUUAUGCACCGCGUUGGCCGCAAGGGAUUUAUGCUCAUAUCUACUGGCGGUACCUGUAUUGCUUCUCUCAUGAUGGUCUUGGGAUCAACGCUCAAAGACAAGUCUGGUCAUCAAGGCAUUGGUGGCCUUGCUAUUGCUGCUGCUAUUCUCUUUACAGGAUCCUACAGUAUGGGAUGUGGUGUCAUCCCCUGGCUCAUUGCUCCUGAAUUGUUACCUAUGCAUGCCUUGGCAGCUGGUUCUGCCCUUGGUAAUUCCUCCAACUGGCUAUUUAACUUUGUGGUCAAUACUGUAUGGCCACAUAUGAGCACUGGUCUUGGCACAUACAGUUUUAUCGUGUUUGUCGUUAUUAACUUUUGUGGCUUUGUCUUUAUUGCGUUUUUCAUGCCAGAGACAACCGGUAAAGACAUUGAUGAUCACAAGAAAGCUGACGUAGUUGACGUUGAACAAAAUGCCUCUGUUUCGAGUCAAGAUAGCGCUGAUUGUAAGCCUAAGCAUCAUCCUUAA